CGAGGAUGUAUACCUCCGAUUGUUGGUGAAGCCCGGAGAACGGAUUCAAGAUUCAACAAGGUCAUUUUGAAACGUCUUUUUAUGUCACGUGUUAAUCGUCCCCCAAUUUCCAUCUCUCGCAUUUUGCGCAAUUUGGAUAAUCAUCCCGGUAAGAUCGUCGUGGUCGUUGGCACUGUCACGGACGACAAUAGGGUGCUAGAUGUUCCCAAGAUUUCCGUUGCCGCGCUCCGCAUUACAAAGGUAGCCAAGGCUAGAAUUUUAAAGGCUGGUGGCGAGGUGCUUACUCUCGAUCAGUUGGCCUUACGUGCUCCUACUGGUUCUAACACUGUCUUGCUAAGAGGUCCUAAAAAUGCCCGGGAAGCUGUUAAGCACUUUGGCAUGGGCCCUCACAAGCAUGCUAAACCAUAUGUUAGAUCAAAGGGUAGAAAAUUUGAAAAAGCUCGUGGUCGCCGAGCAUCUCGUGGCUUUAAGGUGUGA